AUGCUGUGCUCUUUUACUAAGAUUGUCACCUUCAUUGUGGCUGUUGUGCUUCUGACGCUGUUAUUGUUUGUAGAGGUAAUUUCUGCUCGAAAAGGAAAAUCUAUGAUCAAAGCACAGCCCUGUGAGAUAAAGAGAAAAUUUCAUGAAUCUCACACACGUUAUUCUCUUGAUGGAGACAUCAUUAUAGGUGGAAUCUUAAACAUAUUCUUGCUGAACACACAUUAUAUACUUGGAGUUAGCAACUAUCCUUACAACAUACUUCCAGACUUCCCAGGUUGCUUUUUACCUUCAAUUGAUUAUAUGCGACAUACACUGGCCUUUAUCUAUGCUAUUGAGGAGAUCAAUUCUAAUGAAAAGAUUUUACCCAACAUAAGCCUGGGCUAUGUAAUGUAUGAUGCCUGUUCUAAUGAGGUUAUUGCUCUAGACCGAAUAUUCAGGAUUAUGUCAGAAAUAAAUGAAGCAAUACCAAAUUACAAUUGUGACAAAAUACACAAGCCUGUAGCUGUUAUUGGGCACUCAUUAUCUUCUACAACCUACACAAUUGCUCAGAUAACCCAACUGUAUGGAUACUCACAGCUGAGUUAUGGAGCCAUGGACCCUGUGUUCAAUGACCAUUCCCAAUUCCCAUUAGUAUUUCGAACUGUUCCUAAUGAAUAUUUACAGUUUGAAGUUAUUGUACAACUGCUGAUCCACUUUAAAUGGACGUGGGUGGGGAUCAUAUCAUCAGAUGAUAUCAGCAACCAUAAAGCUAGUUUGGAACUGAUAAAAAAGUUGAAGAAUCACAGAAUUUGUGUUGAGAAUCAUAUUGUGAUUGCAGUUUCACCGCAUGUUUAUAUCAAUCCUAUUGUAAAAUUAAUUCAGCAAUUAACUGCUAAAGUUAUUAUUUUAUAUUGCACCUUGCUUCAUAUAAUGAGUCUGACUAGAUUUCUAAACAGAAGUGUAUUACAGAUAACUGGUAAAGUCUUUGUAGCGUCAGUAACUUUUAAUGUUAAUGAUGAUAAUUCUUUUAUGCAAUCCGAUAUAACACUCAAUGGCUCAUUGUUUAUAUCAGUUCACAAAGGGGAAAUCCCUGGUUUUAUGAACUAUUUGUCUCAUAGAGUCUGGGAAACUAUGCCAGACAAAAACUUUGUUGGAAAUUUUAAGAUGCUUCUUAAAUAUUUCCCAAGUCUGUGUAAUGAUAGCCAAUCUACCUGUUUAUUCUUUAAAUACUGGGGAAAUACUUAUUACACAACGUCUGUUAUUUACAACACAGUCCAUAUAUUAGCACAAGCUUUACAUCAGAUGUAUUUAGAUAAAGUGCUAUUUGAAAAUGGAUCAAAAGAUUUAGCAGAGGAAUCAAAAUACAAGACUCCAAUCUCUCUGUGUAAUGAUAUUUGUCCCACUGGCUACCGAAAAUCUUUGGAGAAGGGAAAAUUCCCUUGUUGCUAUGACUGCAUUCGUUGUUCUGAGGGUGAGAUAGCCAGCUCCCCAGAUGCAGACAAUUGUCUUCAGUGUCCAGAAGAUCACUGGUCAAAUCCAAAUAGGGAUUUUUGUCUCAGAAAAGCUGUGGACUUCCUCUCCUAUGGAAACUGCUUGGGAAUAGUAUUGGCAACUGCUGCCCUCCUUUUCUCUGUAUGUACUGGUGCAGUCUUGUGGAUCUUUAUAAAGAACAGAAGUUGCCAAAUUGCGAAAGCCAAUAAUCGGAAUCUCAGCUACAUUCUUCUUGUUUCUCUCUUCUUGUCCUUCUGCUGCUCUUUCUUGUUUAUUGGGCGUCCUGUGCCCAUAACCUGCAUCCUGAGACAACCAACAUUUUUGUUCUUAUAUACUGUUGCUAUUUCUUCUCUACUUGGAAAAACAUUGACUGUUGUUAUUGCAUUUAAUGCUACAAAACCUGGGACCAGGUUAAGGAAAUUAGUGGGAUCUAGUUUUUCUGUUUCUCUUGUACUAUUUUGUUCAUUAGGUAAAAUUCUGAUUUGCAGCACUUGGAUAAUAUGGGCUACACCAUUUGUUGCACUUGAUACCAAGACAACACAACAGACGAUGACUCUCUGGUGUAAUGAAGGUUCUUUUGCUGCUUUCUGUGUAUCAGUUGCUUAUAUUGCUGUAUUAGCACUUAUUAGUUUUAUUGUUGCCUUUAUGGCGCGGAAAUUACCAGAUAGAUAUAAUGAGGCUCAGCAUAUCACCUUCAGCAUGUUGGUGUUUUUUAGUGUGUGGGUCUCCUUCAUCCCAACAUAUCUGAGCACCAAAGGAAAAUCUAUGCUCAAAGCACAGAACUGUGAGAUAAAGAGAAAUUUUAAUGCAUUUCACACACGUUAUUCUCUUGAUGGAGACAUCAUUAUAGGUGGAAUCAUGAACGUUUUCUUGUUGAACACGAUUUAUUUUAUCGCAGACAUCAGUCACAGUCAUUUUUACCGCAUACCACCAUACUUCCCAGGUUGCUUUCAACCAUCAAUUGAUUAUAUGCGACAUACACUGGCCUUUAUCUAUGCUAUUGAGGAAAUCAACUCCAAUGACAAGAUUUUACCCAACAUAAGUCUGGGCUAUAUAAUGUAUGAUGCCUGCUCUAAUGAGGUUAUUGCUCUAGACCGAAUAUUCAGGAUUCUGUCAGAAAUAAAUGAAGCAAUACCAAAUUACAGUUGUCAGAAAUCACACAAGCCUGUAGCUAUUAUUGGCCACUCAUUGUCUUCUACAACCAACAUUAUUGCUCAGAUAACUCAGCUGUAUGGAUACUCACAGGUAUAA